UAAUUAUUCUUUAAUUUUUAAAUUCUUUAUUUAGUAUUUUAUUUAACUACAAAAAAAAUAAAUAUUUAACUACUUUAUGCAACAACCUUUUAAGUUGUAUCUAGUUAUAAAACUACAUUAACAAUUUCAAUUAAAUUAUAAGAAUCUAAGUAUUUGAUAGAAUUUAAAAUUAAACCAUGGCUAAGGCUGUAAGAAGAGCUGCUGGAUUCGUAGUUUACAGAAAAAACCGUGAUGAAAUAAUUGAGUAUUUACUUAUGCAAGCUUCUUAUGCAAAUCAUCAUUGGACUCCACCAAAAGGUCACUUAGAGGAAAAUGAAUCCAACAUGGAUGCAGCUAUUCGAGAAACUGAUGAAGAAGCUGGUAUUAAAGUGAAAGACCUUAGUGUUGAUCAUAAUUUUGAAAAAGUUUUGAAGUAUGAUCCAAAAGAUAAACCAUUUUCCAAACAAGUCACUUAUUGGUUAGCUCGUUUAAUUAAUCCUGAUACACCAGUAGUGUUGUCUAAUGAACACCAGGAUUACAAAUGGUUGCCGCUUACAGAAGCUAAAAAUUUGGCUGUUUAUCCUGAAAUGCAAGAAUUAUUGGAUGAUUGUGAAAAUUAUUUAAUUAAAACCAAUGUUAAUUAGAUUAUAAUAAAUAUUCUUGUUAUUAA